AUGCACAAGAUGCACUUGCUGUCCUGCGUCGCACUAACGCUGGUGCUCCUCACAGACGCUGCACCCACCUGGAGCUCCAGCCAGGACACACAGCAGCAGCUGGAGCAGCUGAUGCUGGAUUUGCAGCUGCUUCUGAAGGUAUUCGAGAACCACGAGAACCCCAAGCGCUCCAUGCUGCUCACGUUUAAAUUCUACAUGCCCAGGAAUGCCACGGAGCUGAAACACCUGCAGUGUCUGGUCGAAGAACUCUCACCUCUGCAGGACGUGCUCAACUUAGAUAAGAGCAAAACCUCUCCCCUGAGAAAUAUCAAUGACUCAGUGAGAAAUAUCAACACACUAGUUCAGGCACUAAAGGAGCCGGCGGGCGGGGCGCCCUGCGAGUACGGGGACGAGCCGGUGAACGUGGAGCUGUUCCUGCGCCGGUGGAUCGCCCUGUGCCAGCGCCUCUACGCCGCGCGCGCCUAG